CGCAACGUGCGUAAAGUGCGCACUGGCCACUUUGCUGCGCGCUUGACUUUAUUGGUAACGUUUCAUUUUUGUCUUUAAUUGAAGAUAACAGCUUUCUUCCCGGAUUUUCAUCUCCAAGGGACUGAACCAAUAAUGUUAAAAAUGACAGAGGAGCAUGACAAAUGUGUCAACGACCAACCGUGCAGCCCAUCGGGCACAAACAGCUCCAUGUCCCAGGACGAGUCCGACUCCGAUGCUCCGUCCUCACCUACAGGCUCCGACGGCCAAGUGUCUCUGCUCAGAGGUUUGGGCAAGAAGCUGGACUCCGAGGAUGACGACCGGUUUCCAGCUUGCAUACGGGACGCCGUCUCUCAGGUCCUUAAGGGAUACGACUGGUCCUUGGUGCCCAUGCCCGUAAGAGGAAACGGAUCAUUGAAGAAUAAACCUCACGUCAAGAGACCCAUGAAUGCCUUCAUGGUCUGGGCGCAAGCGGCCCGCAGGAAGCUGGCGGAUCAGUAUCCACACCUGCACAACGCCGAGCUGAGCAAGACGCUGGGGAAACUGUGGCGUUUGCUUUCAGAGAGUGAAAAGAGGCCAUUUGUAGACGAAGCAGAGAGGCUUCGGGUUCAGCACAAGAAAGAUCAUCCAGACUACAAGUACCAGCCUCGGCGAAGGAAGAAUGUAAAGCCGGGCCAGAGUGACUCAGACUCAGGAGCAGAGCUGGCUCAUCACAUCUAUAAAGCCGAACCAGGGAUGGGAGGACUUGCAGGCAUGACUGAUGGACACCACCACCCUGAGCAUGCAGGGCAGCCCCAUGGUCCCCCUACACCUCCCACGACCCCCAAAACAGACCUACACCAUGGGGUGAAGCAGGAUCUGAAACACGAAGGCCGUCGCCUCGUUGACAGCAGCAGGCAAAACAUUGACUUCAGCAACGUUGACAUCUCUGAGCUCAGCACUGAUGUCAUCAGCAACAUGGAGACCUUUGAUGUGCAUGAGUUUGACCAGUACCUCCCGCUUAAUGGCCACGCCUCAGGCUCCUCUACCCUGCCCUCAGACCAUAGCCAUGGGCAGGCUCCAGCGGCUGGUGGCUCUUACACUUCCUCAUACAGCCAUGCAGGGGCCAAUGGAUCAGCGUGGAGCCGCAAGAACACCAUGUCCACCUCCUCACCCUCCACCAGUGAGGCGGGCCAGCACCGGCUCCACAUUAAAACAGAGCAACUGAGCCCCAGCCACUACAGCGAGCACUCCCACGGGUCACCCUCCCACUCUGAUUACGGCUCCUACAAUAGCCAGGCCUGUGUCACCUCAGCCACAUCAGCUGCCUCGGCCGCAGCCUCUUUCUCCACCUCCCAGUGUGACUAUACUGACCUCCAGAGCUCCAACUAUUACAACCCUUACUCUGGCUAUCCCUCCAGCCUCUACCAGUACCCUUACUUCCACUCAUCCAGGCGGCCCUAUGGCAGCCCGAUCCUCAACAGCCUGUCCAUGGCUCCUGCCCACAGCCCUACUGCUUCCAGCUGGGACCAGCCCGUCUACACCACACUGUCUAGACCUUGAGGGCACAAGAAACAGUCAGUUCGCACCAGAGACAUAUUCAGAUUCAUGCACUACUAAUGAUGGAAGUAAAGAGCAGGUGGAGAAGUGUGUAGAGGGUAGUAGGCUACCUGUGACCAUUUGAA